UUGAACCAUACCAUUAUAUAUUUAUCAUUAUUCAUGAUUAAGACCACAGUAAUCCUUCCCUAUAAAUAUUGUUUUCAUCGGUUAUCAUUAGCAGCAGUCGCAGCGUUGUAUUGUUGAACUUGAUCAUUGUGUUGCUACUUUUGCCUACGUCGUUCUUGAGAGAAACAUGGGAAAGUUUGUAGAAACUUCCAUGACAUUAGUCAUUUUGAUUGUAAUUGUCGGACUAACACAAGGACGACGAAUUGAUGAAAAGAACACCGUUAUUCAUAAAGGCCGGGGUGGUGGUAUUGGACGGAGUACCACUGUUGCUAAUGCUGAUGGUAUUGAAAGCAACAAAGUUGGUUGUAGAGGUGCUGGUGGUGCAGGAGCUAGUGGCGGUGUUGGAGGAGGAGUUGGAGGAGGUGGAAGUGGGGGCGUGAGGGCAGGUGGAGGAGUUGGUGGUGGUGCAGGAGCUAGUGGCGAUGUUGGCGGAGGAGUUGGUGGUGGUGCAGGAGCUAGUGGCGGUGUUGGCGGAGGAGUUGGUGGUGGUGCAGGAGCUAGUGGUGGCGUUGGAGGAGGAGUUGGUGGUGGUGCAGGAGCUAGUGGUGGCGUUGGAGGAGGAGUUGGUGGUGGCGUAGGAGCUAGUGGUGGUGUUGGUGGUGGUGCAGGAGCUAGUGGUGGCGUUGGAGGAGCAGUUGGUGGUGGUGCAGGAGCUAGUGGUGGCGUUGGGGGAGGAGUUGGAGGAGGUGGAAGUGGAGGUGUGAGGGUAGGCGGUGGUGCAGGAGCCAGCGGUGGCGUUGGGGGAGUAGUUGGCGGUGGUGCAGGAGCUAGCGGUGGCGUUGGGGGAGGAGUUGGCGGUGGUGCCGGAGCUAGUGGUGGCGUUGGGGGAGGAGUUGGUGGUGGUGCAGGAGCUAGUGGUGGCGUUGGUGGAGGAGUUAGUGGUGGUGCAGGAGCUAGUGGAGGAGUUAGUGGUGGCAUUGGGGGAGGAGUUGGUGAUGGUGCAGGAGCUAGUGGUGGCGUUGGGGGAGGAGUCAGUGGUGGUGCAGGAGCUAGUGGUGGCGUUGGGGUAGGAGUUGGUGGUGGUGCAGGAGCUAGUGGAGGAGUUAGUGGUGGCGUUGGGGGAGGAGUUAGUGGUGGCGCAGGAGCUAGUGGUGGCGUUGGAGGAGGAGUUAGUGGUGGCGCAGGAGCUAGUGGUGGCGUUGGUGGAGGAGUUAGUGGUGGUGCAGGAGCUAGUGGUGGUGUUGGAGGAGGAGUUGGUGGUGGUGCAGGAGCUAGUGGUGGCGUUGGGGGAGGAGUUAGAGGAGGUGCAAGUGGCAGUGUGAGGGCAGGUGGAGGAGCUAGUGGCGGUGUUGGGGGAGGAGUUGGUGGUGGAGCAGGAGCUAGUGGUGGUGUUGGCGGAGGAGUUGGUGGUGGUGCAGGAGCUAGUGGUGGUGUUGGCGGAGGAGUUGGUAGAGGUUAAUGUGGGGGUGUGAGGGCAGGUGGUGGUGUCAGAGCUGUUGCUAGUGUUGGUGGUGCUGUAGGAGCUAAUGGCAGUGGUGCAUGAUAGAUUUUAAUAUGCUUUUAUUCGAGGAAAUCCUUUGUAUUGUACACCAUAUAAUACAUAUUCUACGAUAAAUAUUUGAAUAAUGAUAGAUCUUAUCAGUUGACAUGUAUAAGUUAGAAAUAUAUAGAUAAAUGUUUGAAUAAUGAUACAUGUUAUCGGUUG